GUUAUCAGGACCGUCCUUAACAGAGCAUCACGCUGGUCACAUGUCCAGCUCGCGCAACUGUGGGAAACUUACCUAUGUAUUCCACAGUCGUCAAAGGCCCUGUCGCCUACUUGGCUUGGGUAACCACUUCAUAUUUGUGUCACCUCUCAACGAAAUGUUUCUUGACAACCUCACAAAGACAUGUUCCCUGGAUCCCCGGCCUUGUCUGGGCGUGUCUGGCUACAUCAUCACAGAUGGGUCUCUGUCUCCUGAUGAUGAAACAGGCUGUCCAAAACAACGCCCCUACCAGCGGUGUAAGGCGCCACCUGCCGGCACUCGGCCACCUCGUCGGGACACUCUGUAGUAACUGUAGCAUGACAUUCUUAGAGGCUUCCUCAACCAUUGCCAUCAGACUCAUGGAACCUAUCACAACUGCCCUUUUAGAUGCAUUGGUAUACAGAACAUCACUUCCAGUGUCGGUGCAAACCAGCCUACCAUUGGUCGUGAUUGGGUGUAUCAUUUUCACUGGUCAGUCCUUUAAAAACAUCGAUCACCUGUCGGGGAUAAUAUUUGCACUUAUGUCAAAUUUAGGUUUUGGUUUGAGGAACAUUGCCAUAAAAAAUAAAGGCGAAUGUGAAAUUAAAGUGCGUUCACGCCACGCACUGAUCUUCAGUUUCUUAGCAUGGACGUCAGUGGCCAUUUUGGAUAUUCAUAAACUCGGACCUGGUAUGCAUGUUGUGUUCCUUCUUUCGUCAUCAACAGAGUUUCACGUGUUGUACUCGUCCCUGUCGACGUGUGUGGUGCUUAGGGAGGUGUCAGUUAUCACACAUGCCGUCCUUAACAAUCUGAAGCGGCUCCUCGUAGUGAUGUUUCUAGUGUUGGCUGGAUCGAGGUCCCUGUCGCUCUCAAACCUUGGAGGACUUACUUUAGCAGUUUUGGGCCUUGGAAUAUAUACUAUGGGGAAGGAUACCUCAACAGGUUUAAGAGUUGAAACAGGUCUCAAGUAUCGAAAGCAAAUACUGUUUCUUCUACUGGCACUAAGUUGCGGAGUAUACACAACACUAAGUCUUUCGGUUCAACCAGACAAACGGGAGCCUUAUGAAAAGCUAAAAAUAAACACCUCUCAUUGGAUGUCUGUCCUCAACAGGCUAGACAACAUCACUCACGUCCGUCCAAACAAACAACCAUCUCCAAAGGCUUUCCGAACCUACCAGAAAUGGAAUUAA